UAUGCUGACCACAACAACAACCAUGCCAACUACCACAACAACAAUGCCGAGCACAACAACAACAAUGCCGACUACUACAACUACUAUGCCAACUACCACAACAACAAUGCCGACUACUACAACCAUGCCAACUACCACAACGACAACUAUGUCAACCACACCAAUUGUUGCUUCUUCAUCGACAACUAUGAAGACAACAAAGACAACGCACGCUAAGAAAAGGAAGGCAACAUCGGACAAUAUAGCGGAUGCACUAGUGAACAGACACGACACAGCCAGCAGUGGUAGUACAGGAACAUACAUUGCCAUUGGAGCCGGCAGCUGUGGAGUUGUAGUUCUAGUGGCGGUCAUUUUAGCACUUGUACUAAGACGACGUAGACGCCAAUCAGUUGCAGAAUCAAGCGAAAGGACAACCAACACCCGUGAAAAUCCAAUUUACGACAUAAUGUAUGGAAAUGGAUCUGUUCCUGAAAAUAGCUUCGCAUAGGUUUUACACAGUCGAAUUGGAUUAUCGGAGUUGGCUGAUAUGUAAUAUGUGAAAUUUGAAAGGAUCUGACUUUGCAUCGAUAUGACAAUCAUUUGUGGGUCCAUUGUUACAAGAAAAAAGUCAAACGACCUAGCGAAUAAUAUGAAAUGCUUACAUCUAAUGGAUAUUCAUUGUGAUAUUAAGUGGUAAUCGCGAAGGUCAGUAAUGAUUUAAAGCCGUUUUUCAAUUUUGAGUAUUCUUCCUUACUAGCUUAGAGUUAUUUCCCUUGUCAAGGUAUUACUUUCUCAUUUCAAUGCUGCACAUUAUAAUUCCUUAUUAGCAACUUUAGUGAAGAGUAUGCAUGGCAACGUAAAGGUCCUCAGGUCGAACCAUACAUUUUUCCUCUAUUCUUUUUUUAUUUAUUAGUCUUUUUUUUUUUAAAUUGGAAAAAAACUACGUUAGAAGCGCUAAUUUCAAAAUUUUAAUUAAGCCGCUACAGAAAGUCAAAUUAAGUACAAUAUUUUACUGCACCAUAUGGUAUUGUCAUUUUGUCCCUUUGGGACUCAUCAGUAUUACAGGUCAACAGAUUGAUAAUAAUGUCUCUAGUGUAAAUAGUGAUAAUGACAGUAAUAUAUUCAACUUGCUAGCGCCCUUUACCUUCAGAAAUACUCGUAUGAUUUUCCUCUGGGGUGUUAUCAUCAGCUGAUAUCAAUGUACCAGGCAGAUUGCCACGCAUUUCAGCAUAAAAUGUACCAGAUGAACUUGAACUUGCAUCAUUUUAUCUUUAUACCGUUAUCGAUAUCUUAUAAACGAUGUGUAAACACGGGAGUGAGUGAGAAAGACGGUCGAAUGGAAGGAUUUUAAUCAUAACACACUGUAUAUUGAUAGUUAACUUAUGUUGCCUGUGAUACCUGUUACACGCUGUACAUAAUCUUUAUUGUAUGCUUUUUAUUAUACGUUUUUUUAAUAAAAUACGAAAAUUAUAUUUUGA